AUAAGCAGACUAACCUAUAGACAGUUUGCACUUCGCGCGCGUGCGUAAUACAGUCCGCGCUUGAACGACGAAUUGAUAGCGUGUGCUCGUGUAAAAAGUCACUUAAAAAAAUACGUUCGCAUCGUUUUUUUAAAAUAAAACUAUUUAAAAUCUCUACUAAAAUAAUAAUAAAAAAUGAUCGACAAUGAAACCGUUGAAAAUGGCGCCAACUCACAUUCGGAUUCAGACGAAGAGAAAGAAGACAUAAAAGAAAUUAGUAAUGGCGGCAGUAAAUCAGCUGAUAGGAAACACAAUGGUAAUUUGGAAAAUGGUUUCAGUGGACAAAGACCAGUAUUAAGGAAGUCACCGAGCUUCAUGGAAGCGAGUCAAAAUUUCGUGGUGCACAGCAGAGGUGGAAAUGAUAGGAAGGUUCUGGUUAUCUACACUGGCGGGACGAUUGGCAUGGUGAAAAAUAAAAAUGGCGUUUUAGCACCGCAAAGGAGCAUAUUUGAGACUCUAAUAAGGACAUACCCACAACUCCACAGUAAUUCGCUGUGGAGGAUGAAAGUUUCAGAACCAGGGUUCGAACCUUCAUUUUUCGUCCUACCAGAGACAAAAGACUGCGAAGCAUGUACCAUAUUGUACAAAAUAAUAGAGUAUGAUAAAUUAAUAGACUCGUCAAACGUAACUGAAAAGGAAUGGGAGAAGAUAGCGAUUGAUAUAAAGAAACAUUACGAUUUAUUCGACGGUUUCGUGGUUCUACACGGCACGGACACGUUGGCAUAUACAGCGUCAGCUUUAUCGUUCAUUUUCGAAAACCUUGGCAAACCCGUUGUGCUUACUGGGUCUCAGAUCCCAAUUUUUGAGCCAAGAAGUGACGGUGCAGACAACUUUGUUUCAUCGCUGAUCAUCGCCGGAACUCUCCACAUUCCUGAAGUUACCAUCUUCUUUGGCAGCAAGCUCUUUAGAGGAAACAGAACCAGCAAGAUAUCCUCAAAUGCCUUCUACGCUUUUGAAUCUCCAAACUGCGAUCCCAUUGUUGACGUCGGUAUAGACUUCGAAGUGAACACGAGGAUUAUAUUCAAGCCCACUGUGAUAGACAGAUUUAAUGUCAGCCCCAAGCUGUCCAAGAAUGUUGGACUCCUCAGAAUAUUCCCCAGCAUCAGUGGUGCGGUCAUCAGGGCCUUCUGUCAGCCGCCUAUUGAAGGAGUAGUAUUGGAGAGCUAUGGAGCUGGUAACAUUCCAUCGAACCGACCUGACGUGUACCAGGAGAUCUCUGCGGCUGUGAAGCGAGGAGUGAUCUUCGUCAACAUUACCCAAUGCAAUACGGGAUCCGUGUCACCAAUAUAUGAAGCGGGCCAGGGUCUGGAGAAACUGGGUGUGGUGUCUGGCUACGACAUGACCCCUGAAGCAGCGUUGACCAAGUUGUCGUAUGUCCUUGCCAAGUCAGAGAUAAGUCACGAAGAGAAGAAAAAUAUGAUGGCAAUGAACAUAAGAGGGGAACUAACGAGAACAGACGUACUUGCUUUACCACAGACGCACAACCCAAAAGACUUACAACCAUUAGACACCCUGGCUAAAUGCUUCAACGUGGAGUUGACACCCAGUUUGAAGGACAAGGUAUUCUGCGCGCUCCUACAGUACGCCACUGAACAAAACGAUGAAAACACACUUGAACUGUUACUGGAGAUGGGUGCGAAUGUGAAUUGUCAGAACUGGGAAGGGAAGACAGUAUUACACGAGGCUGUGCUGCGAGGCAACAUCCGCAUGGUGGAGUGUUUACUUAAGAAGGGUGCCAACGUCCAUCUGAAGACAAAGAUCGGAGAAACGCCUCUUCUAACAGCAAUCCAGCGGAACGACAUCGAGAUGAUCCAAUUGCUGGUGAAGUGUGGAGCCCACCUGGCUUCCAUCAACACCAGUGCGUUGGCUGAACUGCUGUUACUGGCAGCUCGUAGUGGCAGCGUCAGGAAGCUAGAAGCUCUGAAGAUUGCUGGCGCUGAUCUCAAUAUCUGUGAUGAGCUGAAUCAUACUCCUUUGCAUAAGGCUGUUAUCUGCAAGAGUCCAAAAGCUGUGGAAUAUCUGGUAGCGAACGGUGCUAGUAAGGACGCGGUCGACUUCUUAGGGAACAAGCCUAUUGACUAUGCAAUUAAAACGAACGAUCCGGAAAUCAUAAACCAGUUGAGAUAAACCCUAGCAUUAUCCCGUUUUCCACAGGGUCCGCUUACCUAACCUGAAGAUUUGACAGGUCGGAUUUUUUAAUGAAGCGACAGCCUGUCCGACUUUCCAAACUGCGAAGGGAAAACCAGCCCAAUACAGGUUGGAUCACGUAGGUUUCCUCACGAUGUUUUCCUUCACCGCUGAGCGCGUGAUAACCAUUAAUGAUCCAAAAAUGAUAGGAAAACAAAUUCGACAAUCAUUGGUUUAGGCCUGUGCUAGAUUCGAACCUGCGACCUCAAAGUGAGAGGCAAGCAUUCUACUGGGCUACCACGGUUUCAAAUUUGAUAAGUAUCACAUUAUCAUAAUAAUUAUGACUGAUUAUUUAGUUUCAAUGGAAGCGGUACAUAACAUUAUAUAACUGAUCUAUUAAGUUGAUGCAUAAAUAUAUAAAAUUAAUUUAGCAGGCUACGCUGACAUAAUUGUAUAGUAAACUCUUUCUACAUUUUGUUCGGUACAGUAGUGUCAUACAUAGCGUACGUUACAGACUUUAUGCAACUUGUUAUAAAAAUAGUAGACAUUUUCCUGUGUCAAUUUCAUUGUAAGUACCGAAGAUUAUUAUGAUAAUAUAAUUAGUCUGCCGACGACAAUCUCACAUUGUUUAAUUUAAAACAAUAUCAUAUUCUACUUAGUAGUAUGUGUAACGAGGGUGAAUCACAAUAAAUUUGAAAAAUAAAA